GGAUAUGGAAAAGGUCACAGUUUCAUCGAAGACAAAAGGCCCAAUGGACUCGGAAUCGGGAAGUGAUGACGAUACUACAAUAACGGCUCCUUCUGGACCUGCGACAGAAAAAGAUGAACAGUCGAAAGGUCAAAAGACAUCUGGAACUACCGCAGAAGUCCAAUCGAAAGGUCAUGAGACUUCAGACAAACGGGAGAAAGAAAAGGUCAUGCUCCCGAUGGAUAAGGCAGCGGCAGAAGCUGAAGCGGAUUCGGCGCGCCAGGUGUUUCACAAAUCACUGUUCAUACCAUUAAAGGACGUCUUUGAGAAGGAACGAUCGAAGUCGGUCGGCGAUUUAAAAGGUCAAGAGACUUUGCCACAGGAGGAGAAGAAGACAGCCGAACCAAAAUCGGCGGGGUCAUCAUCAGGAUCACUGGCAAAGCUGAGGAUCGACGAGACAGCGACGGCUGACCCAACGGACUCGACAUCCUCCCAGAAAAGUAGCGGAACACCGGCAAAGGAGGCUACAGAUUACAUGUUAGGGCCGGCAUUGGACGUGAAUAAUCGUACAUGGAACGAAGUCCAGAACGCGCUCCAGAUCAUCCGAGAAAAAGAGAUGCUUGGUACAGAUCUGAAGAGACAAGUGGCAAUAAAUUCAAACGGAAGGUCGUCACUUAACAUGACUGAACGAGCUCUGAAACGAGCAUAUAAAGAAGGAAAGCUGGGAUGUAAAUACAAUAAGGAUAACAAAGUCGUUUACUACCUUCCGAAACAGGGUCAGGAACGAACGCCCAGAUUGAAAAUGGAAUUGGAGGCCUGGAAGAUAGCCAUCACAGACGUGGCUUUGGACGCCAUCGGCGGUACAAAUGGAGCGUCAUGGAAUGACCUUUCGAACUUCAUGUCCGUCAAUUAUGAAUUGGGAGAGUUGAAUAUUGAAAGCGAUAAGGAGUGGAUUAAGAAUGCCGUUGAAGCCUUGAUCUCGGACGAAGUGCUUCAUAUUAAGCCAGAUGGCCGAAUCGAUUUCAAGCCGUAUAAACCAUCGACGAAAGAAUCCGAGUGAACUAACCGAGUGUAAUAUGCAGCGAAUUAAAGAAGAAAGAUGGCACAAAAAGGUCAAGCCACUCCUAAAGGU